ACUAGCCCGGCAACGCGCCACAGCCAGAGCCAACGCGUCUCUUUGUAAUUCGAAGUUUACCAAGUUUCAAUCAAUAUUAUUCAUGUUAUUUUCAAUGAAUAUUCGCAUUAGUAUUAUUAUCCUUCGGUCCCCCACUCGAAACAUCACACUAAAUCCCCGUGUCGAAGUAAACAAUGCCAUCUAACCUUGAGACAAAUGUAGCCGAUGGAUAUUCUACGAAUUAUCAUAACAGAGCAAUUCCAUCAGCUGUUGACAUCGUACCGGCGAUGCAAGUUUUGAAUGUGAAUUCCAUCGCGUGUUGAAAACCAACCCCUCCCGUUAUGGCCGGCGGAAACACGCGCACACGCCACCAGCCAGUGCUGCCUGUGUUUGGAUAUAUUGCAGCAUCUGUAUCAGCCGUCCGCCUCCACCACCUUCGCCGCCGUUGCCGUCGUGUACGAGGGGAACGUGGGUAAGUACCCUCACUCCAAUGCCACCCAUUCAGUCUGCACUCGCAUGUCCACGAGGUAGCUCACCGGGCCUGGCGGCUUCCUCUUGCCUAUUUCAACACUGGGUUAAAAUCAUCUCUUCCCCACUUCCACAUUUGCCAUUAUCCACCAGUCCCUCCCCAAUUGAUACACAACCAAGUCCACCCAUACACUGACAACACCUGGGUUCAGCCUUCUCCUCUUUCUCAGUUUGUCUCUCGACACCGAGCCACAACGGUUGUCAUCAGCUGCUGAUAUAAACAUUUCAUUCAUUGUUGAGGUGCUUCAGUCACUUAAUGCAUACAAUAAGGAGUUGAGGUUAGGUUAACUGUGUUCGCGGGAUUAAUCUUCGAAUUUUAAAAACCAUCAACCCCGUCUCGAUGAUCCAAAGCUAUUUAUUUUAAAUUAAAUAAACCUAUCGCGUGAAUUAUUUUAAAUUUACAGGGUCAUAAAUUUCACAAUGACCCUAUCAUCACUGGUUAUCAUUCGCUUCUGAAAAAAACUAACAAUUCGAAUUGUGUUGAUUGUUGUGCCGGUUUAAACGUGCGUGGUGAGUGCUCUACUCGCGUGACAGUCAAAGCAGGUUAGGUCCUUCGGUCGGAUCGCGCGGGUAUUUCAAAAAAAGCUGUUGCAAUGAAUUGAUUUGUUCGAGUGACGUGAAUUGAUGAUACUUCAUUGAAUGAAGUACAGAGAGGUGCUAACGGCGACUCGAUAAUUGUCUCGAGUCAAUAAGUGAAAAUUGAUCUUCGAAUUGAGGGAGUGGAGGAGAGACGAGCCACAGCCAUGUGGAAAGACAGCGGUCCCACUAUGGAUAAUUCCACAUACGUGCCGAAUCACCUACAACCACCGUCCCUGGUAGUAUUUUCACAGGCUGGGGGUCUCCCCGACGCCUUGAGAAUGCAGCGACCCUUCAAUCCACAAGUGACGGAUUCGAAAGAUCUUCACGUACCGUUCAGCACAGCGGCGUCGCUCGGCUACGGUCUCCAUCACAUGCUUCAUCUGCCACAUCAAUUUCUUCACCCCCUAGAUCCACGUUUGCCAUUUGGUGCAUUCAGACCACUGGGUCCAUCGGCAUUUGCACCACCAAGCAAGUGUUUAAAAGUUGAAACUGGAAACGCAAGUGUAUCAUCGGGACUCGCUAGUAUUAGUUCGUUGUCGGGAAUGUCAAAUAUGUUUUCACCGUCAUUACCAUCGUCGGGUGGUGUGGCUGGUGGUCUAUCAGCUCCUGGCCAAGAUACAGCACCACAGAGUCCAGCUGGUUCAGCGAGUCGUUCGCCCCUUGGCAAUGCACCCGGUUCAACUACAGCAUCAAAUCGCGGACCAAGUCCUGACGAAGAGGAUCGCGAUGCUAAUGCAACGCCCGGAUCCGAAAACACCGAGCGGUCAACGCCCGAGGAAGGACGACCCUACAGACUGGGGCCUAUGUUCGGGGGGCGAUGCGGCGCAGAGGCGCUGGGUCUGGGCCUUGGGCUGUCGUUGGGCCCGGCCUACAGGUUCGCUCUGCCCCCGGGACUUGCUGCCAAGAGCACCCGCUGCCUUGUUUUCGACCAAGGUAAGAAAAAAUUUCCAGCUGAUCCAUCCUGCUGUCCUGUGUGCAGUGUUACAGUGAGACCGCAGGAAUUGGAGCAACACUUUGCUCAAGAGCUUGAUCGAUUGUAUAAAGUAUCAGCGACGAAUUCGAGACCGAGACCGAGAUCGAUACUUCCAGUUGUUCAGGAUCAUCCGCAUGGACAAAUACUGCACACACCGUCAACGGCUGAUGGUACACCGCAGGGAAGAUGGGAGACUUACAAGAGAAUUCGAGCUAAUCGUCAAGCGAGAAUUCGGGUGAAAAAUCGGAAGAGAAAAGCAGACGAGCCCGCCUGUCCCGUCUGUAACGAGCGUCUCUCCGGUACCCCAGAAGAACUAACGCAGCAUGUCGAGAGGUGUUUGAACAAGCACAACGGUGGCAAUGGAUCCAACGUGAACCUUGAUGACGAAGAGGUGGAUGUCGAGGGUGAUACAGAAACCUUCGAGGAGUACGAGUGGGCUGGACAAAAAAGAAUUCGUGCAACAUCGAUGCUGGUGGGAGGAUUCUCUGCUGCAGGACUUGCCACCUCGUCGAGGAGUGGUAAUGGUGCGGGUAAUCCUGGACGCCCAGAGGAGGAAGAGGAUCUGAUUGUCGAUGGUGAUGAAACAGCGCAAUUUGGUCCAGCUCAGUAUUCAGAAGCGGAUGUGAUAGCGCCGAGGGGUGAGGGAACACCCAGGGAACAGAAGGAGAGGGAUGCACUCAGAGAAGCUGUCAUAUCACCCAAUGCACCACUGACCCCUCAUACACCCCCUGAUCAACCACACGGCGCUCAGGUGGAAGUCAAACCCGAACCUGGUACUAUUAUCGGACUCAAUAAUCCAGCCUCACCCUCGUCCACCCCAUCGAGACAGAGGUGCGAAGGUGAGGAGGGAGUUACCGUGACACCUGGUCAGGACGGCAAUGAUACACCGGUUGUUGAUGCGUUGAGGAGUAGAAUCCGAGAACUUGAGAAUGAAAUGAGGGGACAACCGUUCAAGUGUCUCAUUUGUAUGGAGCAGUACAAAAAACCAGUGACGUCGGUGUGCUGUUGGCAUGUGCACUGCGAGCAGUGUUGGUUGCACACAUUGGGAGCGAAAAAACUCUGCCCCCAGUGUAACAUGAUCACAUCACCAGCGGAUCUGAGGAGAAUUUACAUGUGAGCUUCAACCUGGUCGACUGAGCCCAUCGACUUAUCAAUCACAAAGUCACAACGGACUACCCUUGUACAUUUGUAUAUUUCUUAAAUUAACGAAUUUCACUUCCGCCUCCCCUUUCCCUAUUGCGUAUACCUAGUACUUAGUAAAUUAACAAUUUUUAGAGCCUAACGAUGAAGUUGAACUUUAAAAUGUAAUAAUAGUUGUACUGUCGUCAUUGCCAAUUGUCCUGUCAUACCAAAUUGUCACCCGAUAACAGAUAACAACUACUCACGUCGACAUAAACAUCCCGAAUGCACUUUGAUAUAACAUGACACGAGUUUAUUGUCAAUACGAACGAAAAAUAUCGUGAUAGAUGAAUAAAUUGAGGGCCAGAGGUACUUAGACGAUAAUUACCAUCAUUUAGCUGGCAACGCGGUGCAAAUCCGUCCGUAGAUGAGGCAUGUGAGGAAUAAAAUGUCUGCUGAACUGAUGCUGAGACGGAAAAAUGAUGAAUUUCGUGGAAACGAAGUCAACAAACUCCGAUUACUUGUAAAUACUCGCGCAGGUGCGCGUUCAAAUGAAAGGAGAGAGAGGGGGAAAAAAGCGAGCUGAAAAAAAAAUGUCCUGAAGAUGUUCUGUACUCGAAAAUAAAGAGACCAUGCGAAAAAAAAUGUAAUCAA